GUGCGCGUGGACCCAGCCAUCCUGGAAGAUGCUGGUGCUGACAUCCUGAUGGAGGCCUUGGGCUCCCUGGGCUGUGAGUACCACAUCGAGCCCCAGCGCCCCGCCCGGAGCCUCAGGUGGAGCAGAGUGAAGCCAGAACCUUGCCCCUGCAGUGUGCCUCCUGAAGUGUGGGCUGCGGGUGAGCAUGAACUUCUGCUGCUGCUGGAGCCUGAGGAGUUUCUGCGGGGUGUCUUCCAGCUGACCCAGAUCUGUGGCCCAGCCUGUUCAGUGCCCUGGAUCUCUCCUGAGAGCCCCACCUGCCUUCACCUGGCUGUCAUCGGGCUGGAUGCCUACCUGUGGUCUCACCAGCCCAAUGCCCAGGAGAUGCAGCAGCCAGAGAGUCCAGGGGUGGCCCGUGCAGUGGCGGCGGUCGGCUGGCCUGAAGUGGAGGAGGCCCUGGUGCUCCUGCAGCUCUGGGCAAACCUGGAUGUGUUGCUGGUGGCCUCCUGGCAGGAGCUGAGUCAGCACGUGUGCGCCUUCACUAAGGCCCUCGCCCAGCGCCCCUUCAAGUGCGUGACCCCCACUUCAGCUGGUGGCUGCUAUUGGGAGUGUUCACAGGAACACCUGGAGGGGUGGCAGUUCCAACAGUCCGGGACCUUUUCCUUCUGCACGGCUGGGCGCUGGGUGGCAGGCGAGCGCGUGACAAAAGAUGGCACAGGGCUUCGGGGGGCCUGGUGGCGACAGAUUAGGCAGUUCAACCGAGUCAGCCCGGCUGUGGCUGACGCUGUUGUCACUGCCUUCCCUUCUCCCCGCCUUCUGCAGCAGGCGUACUUGGCCUGCAGCACUGAUCAAGAGCGCCUGGCCCUCCUGGCUGAUCUCCCCGUGAAGGUGGAUGAAGGCGCUCGGCCCCGAAGGGUGGGGCCUGACCUUUCCCGUCGCAUCUGCCUCUUCCUGACCUCCACCAACCCUGACCUCCUGCUGGAUCUGAGCUCCUGACCUGCAGGGCCUUCUCCCACCAACUGAACAGAAGGCACCCCAACAAGGGAGAGACCAGAAACCAAAGGGGCGGGGGGGAAAGAGCUCACCCAGCACAGCUGUCCCUCAGCCUGGGGAGGGGCUCAGCCAGGUCUGAACCCAGGGGAGGCGCAGGGAGAGGAAAGGCUCUGGGUAACGAUGAGCAGAAGAAACUCCACGUGGGGCUGGAGGCUGGGGCAGGGCCCUGCGCACACUGGCUGCAGGCCUGGGGCCAACGGGGACAGCGGGGAGAGUUGGGUAGCACCUAAGUCCCUGCUGGGGGACAUGCACCAUCACCUGGAGGCGUGGGGGUGGCACUUUCAGAGAGAAGUGAGACAGAGUCUCAGGGGAGAAAAGAGAGCCAGGCUGCCUCUUCCCCAAGGGUAUUGCAACACAACCAGGACCACGGGAGAAAAGGUCUUGAUGUGGACUCCUUUUAAUGCUACCACUAUGGAGGUGUUAGGUAUAAACUCAGAGUUUAUUACGAUCGUUUCAGUCUCAGACAGGAGGAACAACUGACAACAUGCAAAGCAAGUGAGGACAAACCCAAGGUCCCCGAAGGCUGGCAGCUACAGGAAAGGUGACAUCUGAUGAGGCCACAGACUACAGCCUCCAGGCCAGCAGACUCAGUCCAGAAGAGCUGGUGUGGCCACUCAUAAGAGACUCCAAGGAGAGAAGCAGCCACUGCCAUACCCCGCACAGGAAACAGAUGGAUUCAGUUCUGGUCUCAGGAUCCCAGGGCCUGCGGCCUCUGAACUUGCGGCAAGGCCUGACCUAGCCUCUGAGGGCAGGGGGACGGCCCAGACAGACCUUGGCCCAACUCCUCCCUCUCCUGUUACUCUGGAGCAUGGCCUGAGGGAAAAGAUGGAGAAAAUGCUGUCCUCGCCUCAGGAGGCAGUUUUCAUUGGAAAAUAAGUUAGGUCCUUCGGCA